UCUAUCUAUCUAUCUAUCUAUCUAUCUAUCUAUCUAUCUAUCUAACAGUCUUGUUGUCUGUCUGGUAGAAGCGUGAAGCAGCAUCAUCACCACCAAAGUGAACUGCAGAUAACCCCAUGACGUGGCAGACACAGUAUGGAAAGCCUAUAUAAAAUUCACGGUGCCCGCAUGUAUCUGGUGGUGGUCUGAGCCGCUUGGUAAAAGCUUUGCAGGCUAUCUGACUUUCAGUCUAGAUGAAGGAUGAGCUUCUCAGACAUAGACGUUGUCCAUCCUGCUGAUGCUCCCUCGUCUCGUCGUAAACUCUUGUGCACCCUCUGGUGCUUGCUAGUCUCCCAAACUUCUUUGUGUAGCCUGCUUUGCAGAUUGUCUUCCUUGUCUGUGUGGUUGCUCAUUAUUCAGAGACAGACGGAUCUCAGGUCAUCUGCAGCUGCAGCAAAGGAGAAGCAGGAAAGAUGGCGAUCAUCCAUUAGACCGACCGGGCGCACGCAUGAAAUACGAGGACAACUUUUGGGAGGAUCGCUUGAGGAGAAGAUUGUACCAGUUUCCCUGAUUUUCCAGGGAGUACUCCCCCCUUUCAGUGAUGGAGGUAUUGCAGUGUGAUGGCUGUGACUUCCGUGCCGAGUCAUAUGAUGAUUUGAAGACCCACAUUCAGGAAGUACACACUGUUUUCCUGCAGCCUGCAGAUGCAGAUGAGUCUGACUCGCUGAAAGACGAGGAUGAAGAUGAGGAGGAAGAGGAGGAAUAUGAGGAUAAGGAUGACAAGGAUUAUACGCCUCCUAAAGCUGGAAUGAGCCCCAACUCUACUGAAGGUUCCAACCAAACGUCACAGAAGCAGACAGCUGAAACCCAUCUGCCGUUUUACCAGUGCAAGUUCUGUGUCCGUUACUUCAGAUCGAAGUCAUUCUUAAGAAAUCACACCAAAAAGGUGCAUAAUGUUGUAGAGGAAGAUUCAGGGGAAAAUAUCUCCACACAAACAACAAAGCAGCCCAGCUACACUGUUAUAAUGCAUAAUGACCAUUCAAAGGUGUAUUCCUGUCAGUAUUGCACAUACAAGUCUCCACGCAAAGCAAGGAUAAUGAAACACCAAAUCAUGUAUCAUAACAAAGUUCCCUCAGAAAGCGCUGGAGAUGCUUCGGAAUAUGCUGAGACUGGAGGGGAAUCCGACUCGGCCAGUGGACUCAUGAAGGGAAUGUUCGCCUGCGAAUGGUGUGACUAUCAAACUGACCAGAAGGACAGCUGGACUAAUCAUGUGGUGAAGGAACACAGUGACAAAGUCAAGAUAGUUUCUUCCAUUGCAGAGCUGGAAGGGGAGGCAAGUGCAAGCUCACCUAAACCAGAUUCUCCCUCCUCUUCCCAAAGCCCGACUGUAUCAAAGAUAAGUUUCACAGAUGAUCGUGGAAACGAGGAGUCAGGUGGAAAAACACCAGAAAAUACAUUGGAGAAAUCAGUUGCAGAGAUCUCAUCUUUUCAGUAUGCACAGAUGAGUGCAGUUACACCCAACAGCACAGGUUCCUCCAUUGUGUCCAAGAGGUUUGCUUCAUCUGAUGUCUCCAACAGUGGCAUAGAGAUGGACGCAAACUUACUCAAUGAAGAAGACUCUAGGAGCAGCUUAGAAGAUGAUGAUGAAGAAGAGUUGGGCGAUAUAGAUGAUCCCAGCUAUACUGGAACCCUGUCAGCAGAUGCAAAGCAGCUUUUGACUGAUGAGGAUAAUAAAUUACUGGAGACUAAAGGAAUACCAUUCAGAAAGUACAUGAAUCGCUUUCAGUGCCCCUUUUGCUCCUUCCUUACGAUGCACAGGCGGAGCAUCUCCCGCCACAUUGAAAACAUUCACCUUUCUGGUAAAACCACAGUGUAUAAAUGUGAUGAAUGCCCAUUUAUUUGCACCAGCCCUCUUAAACUGGGCACACACAAACAGAGUCAUACCUCCUCAGAUUUAGAGACCCUGGACCUGACGAGUGAUAGUCCAGAACCUCAGAAUGACAAUGCUGCAGAGCCAGUUAAUGGGGGUAAUGUAAGUUCCAAAGUCAAUGGAAAAAAGACAACCAGCACACUGAACGACCAGCAGAACCCUCAUCGCUGCACGCUCUGCAGCUUCUCUACCACCACUCUGAAAGGUCUGAGGGUUCACCAGCAGCACAAGCAUUCCUACUGUGAUGACCUAGAUCCCACUGUCUUUGAAAGUCAGCUGACUGACCAGCUGGAUGCUGAAGUGGACGCCUCUCCGAUCUUUCUACAAAAAACCCAGACCUCCAUUUUAGGACUUGCUACCAAAAAGCCCUUAGUAACAGGGAAAAGAGCCAGGAAGUCCAUUAAUGACUUGCCUUUGGAUUUGUCCUCGGUCAAGAAGAGAACCAGAAUUGAUGAAAUUGCCAGUAACCUUCAAAGUAAGAUUAGCCAAAGCCAACAGGACAUGAUCAUAAAUCUCGAUGACAUGGAUGAUGAAGAAGCUGGAGAAAAUCAUGCCAGUGCGGAUAAAGUGGGCAGAAACCAUGAUAGCAAAAGCCCUGUCUUUGCUUACAACACACAGCAGCUUCAUUCAAGAGAAUCAGCAAUCUCUCAUGAGGGAGGUAGAAUAGGGAAAAGAAAAAGCAACCCUAAAUCGAAACCUAGAAACAUUCCUAUAUCGCUGACUCUUUCAGAUGACAGUGAAAACAUCUCCGCUGACCCAAGUGAUAGUAGGGAUGCUAUCCAAGAGAACAGUGAAUAUUCAGAAGAACCUGGAACUGCACGUUUCUACUGUAAACACUGUGAUUACCACAACAAGUCGGCUCGUAGCGUCAGCACCCAUUACCAGAGGAUGCACCCUUACAUCAAGUUCAGCUUUAAGUACAUCCUGGACCCCGAGGACCAGAGUGCGGUCUUCCGUUGCUUAGAGUGCUACAUUGAAUACACAAAUUACAAUGAUCUACACCAACACUACAUGGAUCACCACCCUGAAGCAAGCAAUGUUCUCAACUUCAACCAGCCAAAUUUGGUAUACAUGUGCCGCUUUUGUUCAUACACAAGCCCCAAUGUCAGGAGUCUAAUGCCCCAUUACCAAAGAAUGCAUCCAACAGUAAAAAUUAACAAUGCCAUGAUCUUCUCCAGCUACGUAGUGGAGCAGUCCCACAAGACUGGCGAAUCGCAGACUUUGAGGGAAAUUUUAAACUCUGGCCCCAAAAGUUUUAACUCAGCCACGUCGACCCCCAGGUCCUCCUCAAGCCCAGUACCGAAAGCAAUCCCCAAGACCCCUGAGGCCAGUGCUGAGACAGACUCCCUCAAAGAAGCUAUGGGUGCCAAUGUCGUUGUCUACGAUUGUGAUGUGUGUUCUUUUGCGAGCCCCAACAUGCACUCUGUUUUGGUCCACUACCAGAAGAAACACCCAGAGCAAAAGGCAUCUUAUUUCCGUAUACAGAAAACCAUGAAGGUCAUCUCAGUGGAUCAGUCACAACCUGUUGCCAACUCUUCAUUUAACCUCAGCAUGGCUACGCCUCCAAAACAAUCAAGUGCAGCACUGUAUGGAUCAGAUGAAGAAAUGUACUACUGUAAACAUUGUGUGUACAGCAACAGAUCUGUUGUUGGUGUGUUGGUCCAUUAUCAAAAGAGACACCCAGAAGUAAAAGUGACAGCAAAAUAUAUAAAACAUGGUGCCCCCACCCCAGGUUUGAUGAAAUUAAUGGAUGAAUUGCAAAUUGCAGCUCCCAAACAGUUUUUGAAGCAAUUUCAAAACAACGGUCACGAUGGAUCCAACAACUCAAGCCCUAAACCAGGAAGUGGCGAGAAAGGGGAGGACGAGCUGUUCUUUUGUCAGCACUGUGAUUAUGGCAACCGCACUGUAAAAGGGGUGCUUAUUCAUUACCAGAAAAAGCAUAGAGAAACCAAGGCCAAUGCUGACCUUGUACGUCGUCACACUGCAGUUGUCCGGAGUCAGCGUGAGCGUGCACAGAUGGUUCAGUCAAGCAGUGUCUCUUCUGCAAUGGUGCCAGCCCCUCCAGACUCUGAAAAUGCAACGCCUCUGCGUUCCCUGAAGUGCAGACACUGUUCCUACACAUCACCCUAUGUCUAUGCUCUAAAGAAGCAUCUGAAGAAAGAGCACCCCACUGUGAAAGCCACAGCCAUGACCAUUUUACACUGGGCUUACGAAGAUGGCAUUCUUGAGGCUGGCUACCACUGUGAGUGGUGCAUUUACUCCCAUGCUGAACCCCAAGGCCUGCUGCUCCAUUACCAAAGACGCCAUCCUGAGCACAAUGUCGAUUACACAUACAUGGCCAGCAAGCUAUGGGCUGGGCCAGAGACCACCCAACAAGGGGGCAAUGCAGAAACUAAACAUUACAAAUGCAGAGAUUGUGCCUUUGAGGCCUGUACAAUAUGGGACAUAACCAGUCACUAUCAGGCAGUCCAUCCCUGGGCCAUUAAAGGGGAUGAAUCUGUGCUUUUGGAUAUUAUCAAAGGAAAUGGCUCAGCUGAAAAGAUCCACCAGCAGGUUGCCAAAGAGCAUGCGUCUUUCAAUUGCCAGUCUGCUGAAGAUGAUGGAGCUCUGGUCAUUGCCACCCCACCUCAAGAGAGCAACCCCCAUCCUACCCACCCCCGUCUUUCCAUCUCUAAUAAUCCUUAUCAGUGUACUGUAUGUCUGUCAGAGUACAACAGUCUCCAUGGCCUCCUCACUCACUAUGGAAAGAAGCACCCGGGCAUGAAGGUAAAAGCUGCAGAUUUUGCACAGGAGGCAGAUAUCAACCCCAGUUCUGUGUAUAAAUGCCGUCACUGUCCAUAUGUAAACUCCCGUAUCCAUGGCGUACUCACUCACUAUCAGAAAAGACACCCAUUAGUGAAAGUCACUGCAGAGGACUUUGCAAAUGAUAUAGAGCAAAUCAGUGACGUUAAUGAUAGCGAUGACAAGUGCAAAACUCAAAGGCAGGGCUUUGGCGCAUACAGAUGCAAAAUGUGCCCGUAUACACAUGGGACACUGGAGAAACUCAAAAUCCAUUAUGAGAAAUAUCACAAUCAGUCGGCCUCUGAUAUGUUCACUCCCGCUCUGACAAAUUUCUCCUCCAGUAAGGACACAGAGCCAGUAGCUGAAUGCAGUGCCAGUAAUAUAUCAAGCGGCGCAAAAGUCCAAGAGGUCAGUGAAUUGGACUUUGCUCUCUCCCAGUUACCCAUCAAUAAGACAGAGAAACAUGCUAUAUUCAAGUGUCAGCUCUGCAAAUACUUCUGCUCCACCAGGAAAGGCAUUGCUCGCCAUUACCGUAUCAAGCACAACAAUGUUCGUGCUCAGCCCGAGGGUAAAAACAAUGUCUUCAAAUGUGCACUCUGUGCGUACACAAACCCUAUACGCAAAGGCCUGGCAGCACAUUACCAGAAGCGGCAUGAUAUUGAUGCCUAUUAUACCCAUUGUCUGGCUGCUUCCAAGACUAUAACCGAAAAGCCCAACAAAGUGAUGGCACCCCCGCCAUCUGAAGGAGACAAUUCAGAAAUGAGUGAAGACUUGCGUUUGGCCGUGGAGAGACGAAGGUGUUCUCUUUGCAAUUUCCAGGCCUUCAGCAGGAAGAGCAUUGUCUCACACUACAUUAAACGCCACCCAGGUGUCUUCCCCAAGAAGCAGCAUUCUAGCAAGCUUGGUCGCUACUUUACCGUUAUCUAUGCCAAAGAACCCGAGAAACUCGCUGUCAGUGCAAUGGCAGAAGACGAAAAAGAAGUACUGGAGGUUCCGCUCGAACCCGAGCAGGACAGAGAGGUUGAAUGGCUGCCAUUUAAGUGUCUAAAAUGCUUCCGGCUGUCCUUCAGCACAGGCGAGCUGCUCUCUAUGCACUACAACGACCACCACAGCAACGACUUGAAGAGGGACUUUGUGGUAUCGCCUGGUCCCGGGGAUGAGGACUCUGAGUUGUACCAGUGUUCUCAUUGUGAGCUCAAGUUCCUGGCUCUCCCAGUUCUGGCCAAACAUCUAUUCAACCAUAAUGAGGAGUUUCAGAAGAGAGCCAUGAGGCAGGAGAGGAGGAGGCAGCUUCUCAGCAAACAGAAAGCCGCAGAACUACCUGAGACCAAACCUGAGAAGGAAAGCCCUGUAAAUAAAGCUCCCAUAGGAUUCAGGUGUAACUUCUGCGUAGAGGUGCACCCCACCCUCCGAGCCAUCUGCAACCACCUUAGGAAACAUGUCCAGUAUGGAGAGGUCAAAGAGGGACAUGUCAAGCAGGAGGUCAGCGAGGUCCCACUGACCCUGCCUUCAGAGAGCCUAACUAACGGCGACCUGGAGGAGGAUGAAGCAGCUGAAGCCGAUGGCCUCGAGAGACCGGCAGUUACAACAAUGGGCCCACCCUUGGUUUCCCCGGGCUCUGGCGGUGUUGCUGUUGCCGUGGAGACACUGGAACCAGAAAUGGAUGCUGUCGAGGGAAGGGCAGCGGCCCUCGUGGCUGCGGCGAGGGCCGUGGCAUCAGGGGGCCCGAUGAAGCAGCGACUAGCGGCGGGGGGCCACCCGUGUGCCCAGUGUGACCGAGUCUUCAUGUCCAUGCAGGGACUGAGGUCCCAUGAGAGGAGCCACUCAGCCAUGGCGCUGUUCAACAGAGAGGACAAAUACAGCUGCCAGUACUGCCAGUUCGUCUCACCCUUCAGACACAAUCUGGACAGACAUGUGCAGUCUCACCACGGGCACCACAAGCCCUUCAAGUGCAAGCUCUGCCCCUUUAAAUCUGCCUACGUGAGUCGCUUGAAGAGCCACCUGCAUAAGGCACACACAGGUGAGCAGCACAUGUACAAGUGCUUGUCGUGCCCCUUCUCCUCUAUGACCAUCAGCCAGCUGAAGGAGCACUCUCUGAGAGACCAUGGUGAGACCCUGACCCUCCACAAACUCCGGGCUGCUACCCAGGCUGCUCAUGGCGCCCUCAGGCCCUCCCGGCUGGCCGGUAACACAGAGCAGACUCCCUUGACCCCGGAUGACCCAUCAUACCUGGAGCCAGCGGAUGUUCGUCAGCAGCUUAGUCAUUACCAGCUGGCCUCCCGCAGUCAAAUGUCUUCCGGCUCAACACCUGGUGGCUCUACAGUGGCUGACAAUCGACCAGACGGCGUCCUCACUUGCGAGUUCUGUGAGUUCAGCUCUGGAUACAUGCAGAGCCUGCGCCGGCACUACAGGGACCGCCAUGGUGGCAAGAAGCUCUUCAAGUGCAAAGACUGUUCCUUUUUCACCUGCUACAAGAAUACUUUCACCAUGCAUGUGGAGGCUGGUCACAACAACAACGCACCUGAGGACCUCCCAAAAGACCUGCGCUGCCCUCUCUGCCUCUACCACACCAAACACAAGAGCAAUAUGAUUGACCACAUUGUCCUGCACAGAGAGGAGCGUGUGGCUCCACUGGAGGUGAGCCGCUCCAAGCUGUCACGCCACCUUCAGGGCCUGGUGUUCCGUUGCCACAAAUGCACCUUCACAUGCUCCAGUGACCAGGCCCUGCAGCUGCACCUGCAGAAGCAUGCUGAGAUCAAACCCUACCAGUGCCAGCUCUGCUAUUAUGACAGCAGUCGACGGAGCCAGCUAGAGGAGCAUCUUCGCCUUGAGCACAAGGUUAUCCGUAACUUUGAGCUGAUGGGCCGGGUCAACCUGGACCAGCUGGAGAUGAUAAAGGGACAAGGGAGCAGCACAGAGGACGAAGAAGAGAGAGAAAUUAUGGAUUUGGUGGUAGAUGGAAAAGUUGCUGCAGAGGAGGAGGAGGAGGAGGAUGAAGGAAUGGAAAUUACGGAGAACAUGAUGGAGGAACAGAGAGAGGUGGAUGACGAAGAGAUAGACAACAACAUCAAAGAAGAAGAGGAGGAGGAGGAAGAAGAAGAAGAUGAAGUCAAGGAGGUAGAAGAAGAGAAGCCCGCCAUACAAGGGGUCCUUGCAUCUCCCACCAGCAGUAGCAGCAGCAGUAGCUCUGGGCCGAGCGGUGCAGAGAAGCGUCUUCCCUGUGAGUUCUGUGGCCGCUGCUUCACCAACAGCUUCGAGUGGGAACGUCAUGUCCUUCGACAUGGCAUGAUGGUCAACAACAGUCGAAUGGACAGCAGCACCACCUCAGCAAUAGAGGCCUCAGCUCCAUCUUCCACCGGCUCCUCUGUCUUGAUGGACACAGGAUUGGACCUGUCCAGCAACACAAAAGAGGAAGGGAACCCUGCGGAUCCAUCACAGAGAAGUCAAAGCCAGUAUAUGGAAGACAAAGAAAUGCUUGACACCAAAAAGGAUCAACAGUUUGGUUGAACAGAUUGUGGCCUCUCUGGAUAUUGUGCUAGAAAAUGAUAAAACUGGGUAGGAUCAGCACUGAGUUGGAUGUUUAAAAUAGGACGUUAAAGGAAACAAAAAUAUCGAAACUGAAAAAAAGUGACUUCUUAUGAGUUGGCGCAUUAUUAGAUUUUAGGUGUUACAUAUAUAAGUAUUAGGUUGUGCUGCAUAAAACGGCUGAGCUCUUUAAAUGGGCGGUCCCCUAGGACAGAUCUUAAUAUAUUGGUAACCAAUAGUGAACAGAACUCUUUAUUGCUGACAUUCUGGUCAAAUCUACAGUGAAAGAUCCCACCUAGAUAAAACUAAGCUAUUUAUAAAGAAUGUUGUCCAAAACGAUGAACUAAAUUUAGCAUUUUAUUAUUUGAAGCACCUUUUACACUCCCCCUUAUACUCCAAAACAGGGGUACUGUAAACUUACCCAAAAGAAACAAAUACGAUAUGAAAGCAUUUACAACUAUGGCCCACUGUAGAGCUACCUUUUCUUGUUUCUUGUUGAAAUUUGAGAUUUUUUCCAUCAUAUCCUUGUGUUAAAUGUGUAGAAGUUUUCCUUGAGGACGAGUCGCACCUUAACUAUUUUUAGUAAAAUCCCGUUUUCUUCAUUCGUAGAAAUACUGACAAUUUACCCCAAUGUUUGUAGCAAAUUGCUAUAUUUUAGGUCCCUUAAUAUUAUACUACGUAUAAGCCUUCAGCCUGUGGCACCCUUAGCAUUUUGACUGUACUGUUUCAUUGUUCAGUUAUUUCACUGAUGAAAUCGUGGAAAUAAUGGGAUUAGUUGAAAUCUACCUUCCCCAUGUAAUACAUUAUGUUGUUUGUAGUCCAGGUUAUCAAUAUCAUAGUUAACCUGUGCCCUCAGCAGAUUUAUAUAACAACAGAGGUAUGUUUAAUGUGUCAUGACUGAAACCAUACGAUAAAGGUGUCCGUUAAGCUGAGAAUAAUAAGGGUUAGCCUGGAACAGGACUACAGAUUUAAUCAAUAGUGGCAUCAUGACCAAAAAGAGAGAGAUUACACUUGUCUUUUCAGUGCAAAAACUGUGUAUGGAUGUGCUGGAAUCCAGCUCUCUCCAUGUACUGUAUGUGUAUCCAUACAUGACAAUGAAAACCCCUGAAAACUUGGUUUCAAAACUUAAUUUUCUAUAAUAUAUUCCUGAUUGGUGCACAGAAGCCACCUCAAAUCAGUCAGAGGAGCUGAAACACCAUAGACAGAAAUCAGAACAAAAAUUAUUCCAAUUUAUUGGGUCUGGCUCACUGGAUUACAUUGUGUACAGAAUCGGACCAUACUAUGUACUGAAGUGUUGAUCACCAUUGCUCAGUGUUGAAGCCAGUGCCUAAGUGCCUUAAAAUGCAGUUCCUCUAAUGGCCACCAUAUGGCUUUGAGAAAACUCCCUGUUUAGAAGUUACUAGGAAAAUACCCAACUUCUCUCUCAAAAUAGAAAGUCACAUUUGACAAAAUUAGAAUAAAAAAAGACAUAUUUUCUCACUUCCUUCUACUGUUGUCUGGACAUGUAGAUAGUUUCGUCUUAUGUGCCCAGAUUCUGUAUCCAUCUCUAAUUUCCUGUAUAUAAAAGUAGUGAAUGGAAUUAGGUUUGGUGGUGCUUACAGCAUUGAAAAGAAUACAUUUUAAGAAUUCAACAUCUCAGUCCACAAGCAGUGUCUCAUUACUGUGGAUGAUCUACAGGUUUCAUACUCUCUACUGAAGAAAUAGUCUCUAUGAAUGCUGUGAGCGCCACAAAUGAGAUUCCAUGCUAAAGGGGGUAUGUUUGGAAGUAUAUUUGCUUGAUUGACAGGUGUCUCGGCCUUUCACAGUCAGCCCUGGUGAUUACCAUAACUCCAUACAGGUUAUGCCACAUUGUCCAAAUUUGGAUGACAGGCUGACAUCAAGCAUUUAACUCACAUCUAGCCUUCAAAACGUCCCCUCAGAAACAUAUGGCUGAUGCCACGGACUAACAGUCUAUGGUUCAGUUUUGACGUGAUCGGAUACACUGAAAAGACAAGUGUAACCUGGGCAGAAAGCUUUGAAACCAUUUUUUUUCCCCCACAUAUAUAAAGUAUAUGUGCCACUGGGACUGUAAUGUGAAGAUUGAAUUUUUAAAGGUGUCAAAUCCCCCAACUUAAACCCCUUUAAAUUCUUAUCCUGUAUCGACACAACUGUCAUAGCCUGCAUUUGUCUUCUUCUUUUUAGACAAAGUUAUCAUUGUUGAUGUUGACAAAAGGCAGAGAUUGUAUUUGUUGCAAGUUGCUGCUUGAAUGCCCUUAAGCCUUAUAAGAAAUGAAUAGCAAUUAAGUCAAAUUUAUGUCAAAAUUCCAACAUGACCAAUAAGCAACGUUAAACAGUUUGAAAUGAAAUGGCUGAUAACUACAAUAUGAAAUUUGUAGAGAAACACAAUAAAUUGUUAUUGUGUUCUUGGUACCAAAAUAUUUACUACGCCUGCUGUGUUUGCUGCUGCUGUGAUUGUCUUUCCUGAGCGUUGAACCAUUGAUGGAAAUGGGAAAUCUGGGUUUGGACAAUAGAAUUUUAGAAUUGGAGUUCUAUGGGUGGAUCCCAGGUAAACUACAUGUUUGCAGCCAUGUAUAGAAAACAAAACUACUCGUUAAGUGUUUGAACUGUGGUGUUUCAGAAAGGAUACUUUAACCCUUUUUUCCUUUAGGUGUUCUCAUAAAAAAAGAAAAAAAUAGAAAAAAAAGAAAUCUAAAGAUGAUAGAUAACCCUUAGGGGCUUUUUGAGUCCCCAAUCCAACAUUAUUACGCUGUUGUACAAUGUCUGGCUACAAUGAAAAAUAUCUCCUUUUUGUACUGUAAUGGGAACGAGCAGAUAGGAAGAGCAGUGUGGUUGUACCAUAUUUAAACACGUAAAAGCCAAUGAUGCAGUUCCCUACUAAUUAAUGGCCAGGGCGUUAUUUGUGAAGAGGAAAAACAUUGCAAAGAAAGACACAAGAAAAAAAAAUAGUUGCGUUGGGAGCGUUUACCUUAACUGCUUGGUCCUCUGGGCUCGGUCACCAACUGGGUUUCCAGUCAACCUGUAGAUCCCUCUGAGAUCUAGCUCACUCAUGUCCAGUCUCCCAUCUGACACUCCAGUAUCUUCUAACCAUGACCAGUAAGGGCAGCAGCUCUCUUGCUCCAAGUAGGCCUGCCCAUAGUCUACCCACUCAACAAUAGGUGGGAAUGUAGCAGCCCUGCCAUGCUCUUCAAUCCUUAUUGUACCUUAAAAACAGGUUGAGUUGGUGCUGAACCUCAAAGCCCCCUUUUUCUGUUUUACAGAACCAGCUUGUAGCUUUUUGAAAGUAAAACUGUUGUUGUAGAAAUAAGCUUUGUAAGGCAGCUUGUCGCCCAGCUUGAAAGCCCAGUGUAAAAACCGGAUGAUAAAUUGGGACAAUCUGGGUAAUGAAGCUGUCAACCCAAAAUUGUUUGUUGUUCUGUGAUCAUUUUAAUAGAAACUGACUAUGAAUCCCUCACUGUGUGCAGUCUUUAGACUGUAAUAUUCCCAAUUUACCCAAAGUUAAGUCCCUGCUGACAACACACUGGAUACUUGUAUAUAUGUUUAGUUUGUUUCCGAUGCAUUUCUCUUUUCAGACUGUUGUCUCCAUAGUUUGACACUAGAAUCUCUCCUUCUUGCCUUUCUUCCCAUAUAAAUCUGAUUACCUGAUGGUGGGUUGUGAUGUUGCCUAGGAUGAUUGUUUACAAUUUUAUUCCAUUUAUCUCUGGAUAUUCUGUAAAUAUUGUAAUUCAUUGUCUUUUUUUAACUUGAUAAUAAAGUUAUCAGAUAACGGUUAA